AUGAAGACUCUACUGUUGUGUGGGGCGCCGCUAGACAUUGUUGACUUCAUGGUAGGAACAGUGGCGCUAGAGGCACAUGGAAAGUCAUUUGGGGCCCUUGAAAGGUAUGUAGUAAUGGCGAUACUCAAGCACAUAGAACGGAAGUUAUGGAUAGGAUCGCCUCUCUUGGGAGUGAAAUAUACGAUUACCACCGGCGCCUACAAGCCGUUGCUUACAAAAAUAUCGGAAUGCCUGGCGAUUGUUGACAUCCCUGGGUAUAUUCUCCACGUCCUUGACGAGAUAAGACAGGCACCAUAUGCUUUUGUUGAAAUUGGAUGUAUCUUACUAGCCUGCCUCCUGGCACAAGUUCUUCUACUCAGGUCGCCCUGCACAAACCUGAAAAGAAAGACCUUCCACCUCUUUGCAUUCCUAGUGUUCUACAAGGAGCACAGGGUGUCAUUUUUGCUUGCAGAAGGCCUCCUUCUCUUCAUGAGUCUUCUAUCGUCGUGUAGAUACACCAACUCUCUGCUCAGGCCUUUCUUCAGUAGGAAUGACAAGGGAAGAACCUUGCUGUCGCCCAUCUAUCUCCUGUCUGCUUGCAUGUAUCCGAGGCUGUUUAUAGAGGAUGUGGAGUAUGUCUCUGCUCUGAUUUCGAUCUGCUUCCAGGACUCAGCAGCCUCGAUUGCUGGGAAGUGGUUUGGGGUGACUGAGAAGUCCAUCCAGGGGGCAAUAGCAGGAGUGAUAUCGGGAACGGUUGUUUAUUUCGCUCUCUACGGAAGAAUCGACAUGCUUCCAUUUUUCAUAUUUGCGGGAUCUGUUGAGUAUCUUGUUCCCAUCAACGACAACAUCACCAUUCCACUCUUUGCAGUUUUAUACUUCCAAGCACCAGAAAAGGCUUGUUUCAGCAGCAUCCCUUCUUAG